AUAAACUUGCUUACAGUAUGGCAACGCUGCCGUCGAUUAUAAAACGAAAGGAAUUAAAAUUCGCUCUUGCUAGAUUUUUGUCGUAAACGCGGCUUUUUAACAAAUAAAGUUCAAUAGCCAUAGAAACGUGAAAUUGGAGACAAUAAAAUACCAUACUAUACAAUGGCAUAAUAACAAAAGAGCAAAAAAAAGAGCAAAUGAAAAUUUUUUAUUCAGCCAUCUUGGCUAUUGCGAAAGGUCGUACAAAAGUACAUAUGUGGCAACGUCGAGUGCUAUUGGUGUAAAAAAUUGGAUAAACUAUUGAAUUUAAAUAAAUUGAGCGAAACAAGUGCAGUAAUUGAAAAUCGUUUUUUAUAUAUAAGCAUAUGUACACAAAUAUGCAAGCAUUUUUAAGGUUUUUGUCUAUAUUUUCAAUGUACUAUAACUGCACCUACAUAUAUGCAUACAAACAUAGUACAUUACAACAAAGCCAGACCUCCACCUUUUCCACUGAUUUUCGUUUAUAUGCUUUUGUUGUUUUUUGCCAUCUGCCUUUCUUUUUAGGGUUAACUUCUGACAGCUGUUCGCUGACUGACCCCGCAAACACACCGUGUGUGUGUGUAGUUGCAGUUUGUGGUUUGUUGUUUUGUCCUUUUUUAGCCUUGCUGCUUGAUUGUAAAUUGGCUCAUGAAAAGUGAUCAAAAUACUGCAUUUUUAUCACAAUCAUAACGCUACGUGACGAAAAAAAUUAAAUUUGUCAAGGAAACGGGGAGUUAAACGGAUGUUCUGAUGCAGUGACUGGCGUGAUUGUUGAAUAAAGUGGCAGCGGUCAAAAUAUAUUAAAAAGCUACAAAUUAUGAACAAAUCGGAGGAAUAAAAUACUCAGUAAUAUACAAGUCGUGAGUUAAAAUUUUACCAGCUUGGAGCAUCGUGAACAAUUCGCACUGUGGUUGUUGCAUCAGAAUGUGUGUAUUAUGUUCGCGUGCUUUGCAAGCGUAAUAUGUACAGCGAACAACGCACAAAGCUAUAGGCAAAAUAGCCACGACAACUAUAUCAUACGCUGCAGAAACACACACUUUCGUUAAUAGUAUACAUUUUCCAUCGACCUUGCUGACAUCUUUAAGCCAGUGCUUACGCCUCUACUGACCACUUCAGCUGUCAAUGGCAGACUUCGAUGCAAUUUAUGAGGAAGAGCAAUUGGAGGAGCACUAUGAAGAUCAAAUGGUUGCACCCGUGCACGAACCCAUCAUCAUACGAGGUUGUGGCAACAUGACAGUGUUUGGUCUGAGUAACCGUUUCAACAUAGAAUUUCCCUCGGGUUUAGUUUCGCGUGUGGCCCCUGAAGAAUUUAAAGCAACGAUCGGGCGUAUUAAUGGUGUUUUAAAGAAAACAUUACCGGUAAACGUGAAAUGGCUUUUCUGUGGCUGCGUCUGCUGUUGUUGCACGCUUGGUUGCUCUCUUUGGCCGGUCGUCUGUUUGAGUAAGCGGACACAAAAUACUCUUGACAAAUUGCUGGAAUGGGAGAAUAGUCAUUUAUAUCAUAAACUUGGCCUACAUUGGCGACUGCAUAAGCAACAAUGUGAUUCUAAUUCAAUGAUGGAGUAUGUAUUACGAAUUGAAUUUAUACCGAAAACGCCGAUAUAUCGUCCGGAUUAAGAAAAGCACGAAGUCAAACACACAUCAGUUUGUUGGGUAGGGUACGUCAAUCGUAGGCUUUGAUUAUGCCGGUACUAGGAAGUUAUAAAAAGGUUUGUGUAUAAAUACUUAUAUAUAUACAUUAACCAGCAAGUAGAUCGUCGAUAAAAAAUUGCCAA